GCAUGCGUGUACAUGCCUUUUAUGCUCGUGGUAAAUGACUUUUUCCCUGAUGGGUUCGUCCUAAUAAAUACCAUAUCUAUGUACGGCCAUACCGCUGGGACAAUGCUCCUACCAUUGAUCACUGAACAGUCACUGGAAGCCUACGGGUAUGAGGGUACGUUCCUAAUCUUAGGAGGGAUAACCCUGAACCUGAUCGUGUGUGCAGUAGCCAUACGAGAACCCAACUUGAGGAACCCCCGUGCAGGAUACGAUCAAGUUCAAGGAGAUGGGUCGGGUCCAUCUGAUGUGCAGGAUAAGGAGAGGAUUAGAGAUAAUGGAUUGGAGAAUCAAGAUGCUAGCGUGACAAAGCAACAUUUCCAGACAGGUGGGAAUUCCUCAGCAACGUCAUAUGCUGAAGUUACACGAUGCGCAUCAAUAAGGCGUCCUUCUUUUGAAGAGAAAGACAGCGGUGAACAAGAUCUUGGCAUUGAGACUGAGAUAGGAACUGCGGAAAGUUUACAACUUAUCGAUGGCAACCCAAACCUUCAUACCGAUACCCCGCGAAACGUACUUGGGGAACAAAAGGAGUCUUCUCUAAGGCACGAGUCUGGCUGGAAGUCACUUCUGCUUCAGGAACCGUUGUUUUGGUUCAAUCUCCUUACCAUUUUCCUCUUCGCCUAUGCCUACUACUCUUGGAUGUUUUUCCUGGUACCCCAUGCAGAACAACUUGGUAUCGCCGAAUCUCGAGCUGUUUCCCUCUCAUCAAUCGCCGGUGUUGGUGGUAUCAUUGGAAGGACAGUGUUCAUCGCCCUGGUCACCAAAGACGUCAAUGCCUUCUACAUCUACAUCGUUGCUGGAAUCCCAAUCACAAUAUCAUUUCUCUUGGAUUUUAUCGGGUCAGAUUAUUCGACCAGGGCUGGAUUGGCAUUUUUACAAGGGUUCUGCUUUUUCUCAUUAGAUACGUUGUUUCUCGCCAUUCCGAAGGAAACCCUGGUAGACCAAGAUAACCUCAGCCUCGCCAUUGCACUUGCUUCGUUCUUUUUCGGACUCGGUGCGUUAGCAGCCGGAUACAUCUCAGGAUCUCUGUUUGACUUAACCCAGUCGUACACAAAAGUCUUCAUCAUCAUUGGCAUCGUACACGCAAUCGUAAUCGUCCAAGUCAUCAUUACAACGGCCUGCCUAAGAAAGCGAAAGCGGGUGACUGAGAACAACUUUCAUGAGUGUCAGGCCAAUAGAAAACUGAUGAACACUACUCUUCAAAGAGGUUAGAUGUUAGACGGGGUUGUGGUAGAGUAUACGUGGAGUAAGGGAAAAUAUAGCUUUGAAACAUAUUCUGCAACUUUUAUCAAUCUUAGAAAUCACACGGUUGUGACAAAAGAGGGCAGUGUAUAUAUUUUCUUCAACAACGAAAUAUAUCGCACACGAACUCAGGUAUUAGAUCGCUUAUGACGUCAUCUGUGAAGGUCAUGUUUGGGGUCAAGAUACAUAUUUGUUUGAGGUCAAGGAAAGCGUAAAUCGUUUUCGACUUUGGACAAUGUGCAAUUUGGAAGGAGACGUGAACUGAUAUUGGAUACAGUUUCACUUGCGAAUGUCUGAUUA